AUGAAAUUCCUCAUUGUGUUCGCUGUCUGUGUCGCCGCGGCGUCAGCCCGCUUCAUUGUCCCCGACGUGGCUGCUGCAGAAGCCGCUGAGAUCAAGGAUAUCAUUGCUGCUAUCAACCAUCCCAGCACCGACCCCGCUACAGCUGCCGCACUCCAACAGUUGCUUGACAGUAUCCUCAACAACCAAGACUCUCCCAUCGACGUUGGACCCGUUAUCAUUGACGAAGACUCCCCAAUCGACGUCGGACCCGUCAUCAUUGACGAAGACUCCCCAAUUGACGUUGGACCCGUCAUUAUUGACGAAGACUCCCCCAUCGACGUUGGACCCGUCAUCAUUGAUGACUCAUCCGUAGGACCCUCCCCUUCAGUGUCCCCUCUGGUCCAAAUCAUCAUCAACGUCAACUCUGACGCUAACAAACCUCAGCCAGGCCCAGUCAUCGAUGAUGAAAGUGAUGACCACAUUCCUGACCAGCCCGUUAUCAUCGUCGACGAACCUGAAAUCAUCGAAGAGCCUGUUGUUCCUGAGGAAGUUAUUGUUGUUCCUGUUGACGUCAACCCCAUCGAAGUCCUCCCAGACACCCUGAACUAA